AUGAAGUCUGUUACCGUUCCGCUAGUCGAACAACAAGUUUCCUGUUGUGACUGUUGCGAACCUACGCAUGCGUUUGAAGCAGAAUGGUGUCUCGACUUGCAUGGAUAUCUUAAUCGCACUGAAUUUGCUGAUAGAUUAAGAGGAAUUAACAACUAUAUUAAAGAUUAUCCGUUGUUAAGCGCAAAGACAAAGACAUACCUGACGUACGCCAUCGCAGGAUUGUUUACGCUCAUACUUGCAGUCGUUCUCAUAAUCACGUUCGCCGCCUCGCCCGGCGAUAACAUAGCCAAUACUGCUAUUGUCACCAUAGUAGUCGAAUUCUUACUUGCGCUCGCAAUCCCGAUAGGACGAUCAAUUGUCGAUGCUAUGGCAAAGCGGCGUGCCGAAAUAUUUACCCGGGCCUUGCAACCUGUGCUCGAUCAAUACAACCGACAGGAAAAUCCAACUGCUAAUUGGAAGAUUGUGUGGCGUGCUGUCUUCACUUAUUUUAGCAUAGAUGUGGACUCGAAGGGUAAAGGAACAGCUACACCAAAAUACGCCGAGCAUGCAGAGUUAGUAAUCGAAAUCAAUGACGCUCUCUCCGAUCUUACCGCACAAACUGUUCGUGUUAAUCUUACACCCACAGCAGUUCCUAUAGUGUCUACAGCAGUUCCUACGGUGUCCACAGCAGUUCCUAGGAUGUCUACUAUCAACACUACCUACCCUUCUCAAAUGAUCGGCGUGCCCUAG